CUACCAUGUUCAAAACAACAGAUCCAAAUUCUAAAUUCUUGUUCUGUUCUUUCUUUCUGUGUCAAUAGAGAGAAAGAAAGAAAGAGAAGGGUUUAUAUGGGGAACGCACCGUUUUUACUUCUCUUUCUCUGCUUUUUCUUCUUCUCAAUCAAUCUUCUACCUUCUACAUUAGCUAUCUGGCUUACGUUACCUGCUUCUGGUACCAAAUGCGUUUCAGAAGAAAUUCAGAACAAUGUUGUCGUUUUGGCUGAUUAUGUUGUCGUUCCAGAUGAUCACACUCGUAACCCUACUCUCGCUGUCAAGGUAACAUCACCAUAUGGAAACAAUCUUCAUCACAAAGAGAACACAACACAUGGAAGUUUUGCAUUUACGACUCAAGAGACUGGGAACUACCUGGCAUGCUUUUGGGUUGAUGGCGGUAACCACGGAGGUGGCGAGGUUAGUGUGAAUCUUGACUGGAAAAUUGGAAUUGCAGCCAAGGAUUGGGAUUCAGUUGCUAAGAAGGAGAAGAUUGAGGGCGUGGAGCUUGAACUGAGAAAGCUAGAAGGAGCAGUAGAGGCCAUUCAUGAGAAUUUGCUCUAUCUGAAGGGAAGGGAAGCAGAAAUGAGGACCGUGAGUGAAAGAACAAAUGGGAGAGUGGCAUGGUUUAGUAUUAUGUCAUUAGGUAUCUGCAUUGGAGUUUCAGCUUUGCAGUUGUGGCAUUUGAAGAGAUUCUUCCAGAAGAAGAAGCUUAUAUAGGUUAUACUAGCGUUAAUUUAAUUUUACUAGUGAAACAUCAACCACAAACUAAAGUUUUUUUUUUUUGAGUUCUACAUAUGUAGUAGCCAGAAAAUUUUCGUUACCA